AUGUCGACACGUUCCCAAUCGCAAUGUUCUUCAGAUCGCGCUGGCCCUCCUGUGGUGUCGACGAAGCGGAAACGAACAUCUCUUGAGACGAGGGAUCCUGGGAAUCCGUUGGCCGAGAAUAUCGAGGAGCGGGGUUCGAAUACAGAGACGCAGGGAGGUGGUGAAGAGGAGAAGGGGAAACGACCUCGCAAGGAGGAAGGGGGUCAAGAUCUGUUGGGAUCCAGUGCGCAAACUACGAGUCAUGAGGAUCAUUUCUCGAGGACAUCCUCGGAGCAACCGACGACGAACCCAUCUACUUCUACGAGCCUGACGAAUAAUGGAAAAGGGAGCGGCAAAGGCAAAGGCAGAGGUAAAGGCCAGCCUAUGAGCUCGGACAAGAAGGCACCUCCGAAACGAAGGACGCCGUCCGGGCCCUGGCCGGAUCCGUUCAAGAAGCUAUCGCGGACCCAUCGCGCGUUAAACCUGGUGUAUACGUUCUGCUGUACGCGGAAGCAUUUCGCGACCACUUUUGAGAAUAUAAAAAAUGCCGUGCAGGGGCAGAUGGGUGGCGAUGCGCUGACGGUGGAAGAUGUUGCGCGUGUGAAGACCCUUGUGCCGCGCGCUGUACGGUUCGAGUAUGUGGAUGAAGCGAAAUUGGAGGUGAUGACUGUCGGAGAGAGGGAGAUGCUUCAGUCGUAUGGAAGUGACGGGUCGGGUGAUGACUCUGACAUGACAAAGAUGUUGCUAUUUGAGCUCGUGGAUGGGGACCUGAAGAGGGAAAUACAACAUCCCAAGACCGGAGAGGCAACAAAACCUGUCCGGAAGAUGAAGGACGAGGAUUUGAAGAUGCCGGUUUACAGUCAGAAGCAAAUGCUGGGGUUGAUUGAGAAACGAAAUAAGAAAUUCACCGAUGCGAUCGACGCGUUCCUGGUACAAUGCGAGGACGAUGGAACUGACCCAGCCGACAAAUUGGAGCGGGAGAAGGACUUCUGGAUUCCGGUGCCCCCUGACGACGAGGUUGAACAUCGUGCGUUGAAAUCUAAAGCACCAAAGGAGAUACCCAAAGAACGCAAGGCUAUGUCAGAAAUCAUUGGCGAGAUCCGUGAGAUGGACUGGUAUACAGCGCAGAUCGUACCGGAGGGACAUCGAGUGUUUGAGGCCCAGCCUGCUAUGUACGGUGACUUGACGUUUCCACUGUCCCAGAAUCUAGUCAAUGCUUUGUAUAACACCAAGGGCAUUACACAGCUUUAUUCUCAUCAGGUGGAGGCGAUCAAUCACCUUUAUGAAGGUCACCACGUCAUUGUCUCAACGUCAACCAGUUCGGGAAAGUCGUUGAUUUACCAGGUGCCGAUGCUCCAUGAGCUUGAAAAAGACCAUGCGAGUCGAGGUUUGUACAUAUUUCCAACCAAGGCACUCGCGCAAGACCAGAGGCGGAGUAUGAAGGAGCUCUUGCAGUUCAUGGACGGCCUACAGGACGCGAUAGUCGACACAUUCGACGGCGAUACUCCCAUGGAAAACCGGAACCUCAUUCGUGACGAGGCACGCAUCAUCUUCACCAACCCUGAUAUGCUGCACAUUACUAUUCUUCCUCAGGAAAGCUCUUGGCGCUCGUUCCUGAAGAACCUGAAAUUUGUCGUGGUGGAUGAACUGCACGUUUACAACGGCCUCUUUGGUUCCCAUGUCGCCCUCAUCAUGCGACGACUGCGUCGAGUUUGUGCUGCCGUAGGAAACCGACAUGUUCGAUUUAUUUCCUGCUCGGCUACUGUGGCGAACCCAGAAGGCCAUAUGAAAGCUGUCUUCGGGAUCGACGAUGUCAAGUUGAUAGAUUUUGAUGGGUCCCCUUCAGGUCGUAAGGAGUUUAUCUGUUGGAACACGCCGUUCAAAGACCCCGACGACCCAACUUCCGGACGUGGCGACGCUGUUGCUGAAACGGCACGGCUGUUUUGUCAACUGAUUCUCAGGGGCACGAGAGUAAUCGCUUUCUGCCGGGUUCGACGACUGUGCGAGAUCCUUCUGCAAGCCGUGCGGGCCGAAUUCCACAACCUCGAAAGACAGGAAGUUAGUAAGCUGGUGAUGGGCUAUCGAGGCGGAUACAGUCCGCAAGACCGUCGGCGCAUUGAGAAAGAGAUGUUUGAAGGCCAGCUAAUGGGUAUUGUGGCCACUAACGCUCUAGAACUGGGUGUUGAUAUUGGCUCCCUGGACGCUGUAAUCACCCUGGGUUUCCCGUAUUCCAUUUCCAACCUGCGCCAACAAAGCGGACGUGCUGGACGCCGUAACAAGGAUUCUCUCUCCGUUCUGGUAGGUGAUAAAUUCCCCACGGACCAGCACUAUAUGAAAAACCCGGAGGAGCUCUUCACUCGACCCAAUUGCGAGCUGCAAGUGGACCUGACCAACGAGCUUAUUCUCGAGGGACAUGUGCAAUGUGCCGCGUUCGAGAUGCCCAUCCGCCCGGAAGAAGACCGCAUCUACUUCGGUGAACAACUCCCCGAGGUUGCGGCAACACGCCUCAUGCGCGACGGGCUGGGCUUCUAUCACUGUCAUGAAAGGUUUCGCCCCCAGCCCUCGCGCUGCGUCUCAAUCCGCGACACCGAAGACCAGCACUUCGUCGUCAUUGACGUCACCAACGCUCGGAACAUGGUUUUGGAGGAAGUCGAGGCCUCGCGGGCGUUCUUCUCCAUCUAUGAAGGCGGGAUCUUCCUCCACCAGGGACAGACGUACCUGGUAAAAGAACUCAAUCCGGACCGGCGAUUCGCGCGUGUCGUCCGCGUGCACGUCGACUGGGGCACUAUGCAGCGUGAUUAUACGGACGUCGAUCCCAUUGAGACGGAGACGAUGCGCUUCGUCCCUACUACGUCAUCUUCGCCGUCGCGCGCCUUCUAUGGCUCUGUCCGCAUCCACGCCGUCGUCUACGGGUUCUUCAAGGUCGAUAAGCGUGGCCGUUUGCUUGAUGCCGUGAUGGUGGACAACCCGCCCAUCGAUAUCUUUACCAAGGGCAUGUGGCUGGACGUGCCAAAGACCGCGCUCGACAUCCUCAAAUCCCGAUAUUUGAACAUCGCCGCCGCCAUCCACGCCGCCGAGCACGCAGUCCUUUCCUUACUCCCGAGCUUCGUCAUAUCCUCUCCCGGCGAUGUCCGCACCGAAUGCAAGGUCGCCAAGAAAGAAUUGGGCAAGAACUUGAAAUUGGCCGUCGAUGCCCGGAACCAGACCGCGGCAGAGAAGGAGAACAUCCGAAAACUGCUGCAGCCGCCUGCGCGGCAACGACCAGCCCGGUUGACUUUUUAUGAUGCCAAGGGGGGAUCAUGCGGCUCGGGGAUCGCAAGCAAAGCGUUUGAGUUUAUAGACGUGCUUCUCCGUCGGGCCGUAUCGCGCGUCGAGGCCUGCCAGUGCGUGACCCCGCAGGGAUGUCUUGAAUGUGUUUGCGAUGAGCGGUGUAAGGAGAUGAAUUCAGUGAUGAGCAAGGCCGGUGCCGGGGUUGUGCUGCGGUGCCUGCUGGGAUGGGAGGUGGACGUGGAUUCAUUGCCGUGGGGAGAGAAUGUGGAUGGAGAUGACGGACUAGGUGAAUUAGCAGGAGGAUUAGAGACGGUGAUUCCGGCUCGAGAAGUGCCUUUUCGAGAUAUCGAGAGUAGAUGA